CACAUUUCUAGAGCUCUAGCCUUCUACUACCCUCUUGCCGGCAGGCUUGUUCAUUCUGGUGAUGAUGACCUGAGGAUCUCUUGCACUGGGGAUGGUGUCUACUUUGUUGAAGCUCAAGCUAAAUGUAAACUAGAAGACGUCAACUUCCUUAAGCGUCCUCUGAUGAUUCCCAUAGAUAAUAAUACACCCGCAAUUGGCAGCGAACCAACACCAUCCCACAUCCUUCCUCUCUCCUCCAAUCGACACAGCGCUGCGGGAUGCAGAAACUACGCUGGAGCAUGUUCGAGACUCCACGCCGGCCACUCACCUGCUGCCUGCGCGAGCAGGCUUCCUCGCCAUGGCACUCGUGAUCGCAUGAUCCAGUCGCGACGCCUGCGCUGGGAAUCAUGUCUGCAUGCACUUGAAGCGCAAGCGGAUGGUGAUACGACAUAUGUUUACACGAAUGACAUCCAGGUUUACAGAGUGCUCGCUGGUGCGGGAUGGUGUAGCUCUCGCUACAACCAUCCGGAUCGGGUUGAUGGUCUUUGGAAUAAUGAACUGCUUCAGAGCAGUGGAGAGAUAGCAAGAGGCUUAGAAAAGCCAGUGAUUGAGCCAAUCUGGUGCAGAGAAAUCAUUCCCGGACCACCACCACCACCAAAACCAGUAGCACAACCAUCCUUUUCAUCUGCCAUUCCCAACCUUCACCUUGAAUUUUCCACGUUGGACGUCCAGCUUGACAAAAUGAAGGAGGAAUUCUUGAAAGAGACCGGCAGAACAUGCUCUGACUUUGAUGUUACUGUGGCUGCAUUAUUGCAGUGCAGGACAAGAGCUAUUAAUCCAGACCAUGCAGAAACACUAGAUUUCCAUCUUAUUUGUCCUUCUAAUGCAAGACCAUUACUGCAUGAGCUGAUUCCUGGCUAUGAAGGUUACUAUGGUAACUGCACUUACCGCGCACUAGUCACAGCUCCGGCUUCCAAGAUCAUGCGGGCAUCAGUGACUGACAUUGUUGGGUGGAUUCUCGAUGCUAAGGAGGAGAUUUCUGAAAAAUUUUGGAAAUGGUUAGAUGGAGAACAUUCAGAUAAGAGCAUCAUUGCAAGUGCCUCUAACUAUGAAACCAUUGUGGUAACUGAUAUGGACAAGUUGGGGAGUAAAGAUGUGAACUAUGGAUGGGGUCCACCUGUUCAAAGUGGGAUGCUGAGAUAUAGUGACCACAUGGUUUUCUGUGUGGUUGAUAGUUCGCUUAAGAUUGAGGGUGGUGUUAGAAUUACUGGAAGACUUGUUAGAGAGGAGCACUUGCAGGCUUUCCGUGAUGAGAUUAAUAAAGUUUGUAAUUAGCGCAUUUGAAGGCUUUCUGUGUGGUUGAUAGUUCGCUUAAAAUUGAUAUGUGUACCUUAAAAACGACUACCCUUCGUAUAUACCAUACCCUAGUGGCUAGAGCACAACCUUCUAUAUAUAUUUAUAUUUAGUUUUACAAAUCAAAUACAUAAAUAUUUAUUA